GGGGGAAUGCUUCGUGUUUGAAAAUGAAUGUGCUUGAUGCACAGUAGUAGGGCGUGAGGAAGCGGCCACCAUUUUUGAGUCUGCCGGCUGUCUCAACUGAACCUUGAAUUACACCAAAGGAAACCACCAAUAGCUUUUACACACAGGAAUUCCCAAGACAGAGCAGAGUUUAUUCCACCUGUAAGGAUGCGCUUGACCGCUUGUGAAGCUACAGACAUGUCCACAGCUGUAGUGAUGGAUCAUCCAGGAGACGUGAACCUUCAGUCCUGUGGCGCAGGGGACAGUCUUGCCUCCCUCGAGGACAUCAACACCGAGUGUAUGGCAAAUGAGUCAUCGGAAGAGGAGGCAUGCGCCAGAGAAGAGCAGAUCAACACUAAAGCCCAACAGAGCGUGCACACUGAAUCAGGUGCCACACCUCGUCCCGACUCUCUCUCCCUUCCGCGUCAGGGGACAGAGCUCUGGACCACAUGCAGGGAUGGAGAGGUGAAGCUCAGGAUGGGUGAUUCUGGCCCAGAGGCUGAGGCUCCUGUGACUGUGAACCAGAUGUUCACCACUGUAGUCAAACUCUAUGGCAAAUACACCGCGCUGGGCUGGAAAGAAGGAGAACAGUGGAAAACCAUGAACUACAGUGAAUACUACAAAGCUUGCCGUACUGCUGCCAAGAGUUUCCUGAAGCUUGGUCUUGAGAGAUAUCAUGGAGUCGGUAUCCUUGGCUUCAACUCUGCCGAGUGGUUUAUCGCUGACAUCGGAGCUAUUUUAGCUGGAGGGUUUGCUGUGGGCAUCUACACAACCAACUCCCCAGAGGCAUGCCAGUACGUAGCCGAGAACUGCCAGGCCAACAUCCUGGUGGUAGAAAACAACAAACAGCUACAGAAGAUCCUACAGGUCCAGGACAAACUGCCCCACCUCAAAGCCAUUAUCCAGUACAAAGAUGAGCUAAAAGAGAAGAAGCCGAAUCUCUACACGUGGGCGGAGUUCAUGGAGCUGAGCCGCGAUGAGCCCGAUACACAGCUUGAUGACAUCAUCAGCUCCCAGAAACCCAAUCAGUGCUGCACGCUGAUCUACACGUCCGGAACCACGGGCCAGCCGAAGGGAGUCAUGCUCAGUCACGACAACUUGACAUGGACAGCAUUUGCAACGAGCCGAGAUGUGGGUCUGACAAAUGCAGACCAAUCACAGGAAAUCGUGGUGAGCUACCUGCCGCUUAGCCAUAUUGCUGCACAGAUGAUUGACAUCUGGAUCACCAUGAAAGCAGGAGGAGCCUCGUACUUCGCACAGCCUGAUGCACUAAAGGGUUCCUUGGUCAACACCUUACGUGAGGUUCGUCCUACUGCUUUCAUGGGCGUCCCGCGAGUGUGGGAGAAGAUGCAGGAAACGAUGAAGUCUGUCGGAGCCAAAUCCUCCACCGUACGCCGGAAAGUGGCAUCCUGGGCCAAAGAUGUGGGUCUGCAGACCAACCUGAACAAAAUAGAGCCUAACGGCAACAUGACCAGAAAUCCACUUAACUAUCGGUUGGCAAAGCGUCUGGUGUUCCGGAAGGUUCGGAAGGCACUGGGUCUGGAUCGCUGUAGGAAAUGCUACACUGGAGCUGCUCCUAUAACCAAAGACACGUUGGAGUUUUUCCUCAGUCUGGACAUUCCACUGUUGGAGCUCUAUGGCAUGAGUGAGAGUUCUGGACCUCACACCAUCACACUGCCCGAUGCCUUCAGACUGACCAGCUGUGGAAAGGUGAUUCCAGGCUGUAAGACAAAGAUCUUCAGCCCUGAUGCUGAUGGGAAUGGAGAGAUCUGUUUCUGGGGUCGUCAUGUGUUCAUGGGCUAUCUGAACAUGCCUGAUAAAACUGAAGAGUCUGUAGAUGCAGAAGGCUGGCUGCACUCGGGCGACCUCGGCAAACAUGACCAGAACGACUUUCUAUUCAUCACCGGAAGGAUUAAAGAAUUGAUCAUCACAGCCGGAGGGGAAAACAUUCCUCCUGUGCCCAUUGAAGAUGCAGUUAAAGAAGCUGUUCCACUGAUAAGCAACGCCAUGCUUAUCGGAGAUAAGAGAAAGUUCCUGUCUAUGCUGAUCACUAUUAAGUGUAAGUUAAACGGUGAGACGGGCUAUCCUGAAGAUGAACUCACUCCUGAAGCCGUAGAGUUGUGUCGCAAACUCGGCAGCAACUCCACAAGAGUCAGUGAGAUCGCCGGCGGGCGUGACCGUGUUGUAUAUGCAGCUAUACAGGAGGGCAUCAACCGCGUCAAUGAAAAAUCAAAUUCUAACGCCCAGCGCAUCCAGAAAUGGACGGUGCUGGAGAAAGAUUUCUCAAUCCCCGGAGGAGAGCUGGGGCCCACAAUGAAGCUCAAAAGGCCAGUGGUUAUGAAGAUGUUGAAAGAGCAAAUCGAGAACUUUUACAAAGAAGUCGCGACCCCCACCACCCCAGAUGACCCCCUGCCUUCUAAAUAGAUGUUCAACAAAAGAGAUGAGAGACAAAGAGACUGACAUGGUUUAACAAACAACACACGAACACACACACAUAGGAACACCACUUCAGACCUUAUGUUUGCUUCUGCUUGUGUCUAUUUUUAAUUUAAAUUUGAUCAGGGUUUAAUCUUUUAUCAUAUUGUUUACAUUUAUCUGUGUUGUUAAAAAAGACCCAAAGCCAUUCGUGACAUUUGUUUCUGUGGUGAUUUACUAUUUAUUUUGUUGCCUUAUUGUAAUGAAGCGUGGUAUCUCCCAAUGAAUGAAGUAUCAUAUGAGCCAUGUAAUAUGUAACUUUGAUGCGGGUGAUUGAGAAGCUAUGUUCAAAGAUGAAUUAUUUAUGAUGUAAAUUGUCAUCAAAACUUGAGAACGCCUGAUGGUGAAGACAUCGGGUGUGACUAAAUGGCUUUGAGAAUAUGUCUGGGGUGUUUACUGAUGCUCAUGAUUAAUGUCAGAAAGAUGUGAAUGAAAUCAGUUUUAUGAUCUGAUUUCUGUUAAAUGAAAACUGGAUGCAUGUAGAGGAAUUUAAGACUUCGUUCUUUGAGGGCGGUUGUUUGGCAACACCCAUAUCAAACAAGCCAUAUAUCUUAUUUUUUCUUAUUUUUUGAAACCAAAUGCAUCACAUGUUUGACCAGUUGGUUGAUUUUGUUGUUUAUUGUAAUUCUUUGUUAAUUUGCCAUGAAGCUGUUGUAUAGUGUGUGUGUGUUGAUAUGUAUUACGUAUGCGAAUUCUUCUUUUGUGGUCUUAUUUGAUGCUUUACUGACUCUCUCUGACAGUCCUCAAAAUUCUAACAUUGGUUUUCCAUUGAGUUCCAGUAUAAGCAUUAGCUUUAUGGAAAAACAUUGUUCUGCCAUUGUUGUCUGGAAUAACGCCGUAUAUUUAUCUUGUGAAAUAAGGGAAUGAUAGGAAGGAACUGUGCAGAGGUGACAAUUUGGAAAUGUCUGCAACUAAAAUCAGUCAAAUACUUGAAUACACAAAGAACCUGAAACUUGCAACGCAAAUCCAAAGAUUUUAUUUUCCCUCUGUAAAUGCACUAGAUUUUUCUUCUCAGCAAGAUAUACUUAAUAUGUAUACUCGGACUACGCAGCAUGACAUAACCACAGUGAGGCCUUUUUGUAAAUAAGUGUUUUAGUGAUUUGUGCAUGAAAUGAUACAAAAUAUACACUUAGCUCAUUCAAACACUGAGAAUGAAGGUAGAAUUGAGCUAGUGAGUCCUUCUGUCUGGGAUUUCUGUUUAAGCCUAUAUUUCUCUACAAUCUUUUUCCAAUUCCAUCUGGUUGCUCUCAUGAACUUAGAAAUACAGUUACGGUUUAAUAAAAGUCUAAUGUAGAGCUUACAAGCUUAACAAUGUGAGGUCUCAGACUAUGGGAGGUUAUAUCUGGUUUUACCUGACUCUAAAAUCAUUUGAGCUGGGUGACAACUUUGUUGUGUUUCGUGUGACAUUAAAGGUUCUGAAAGUGCAUCACUGUCAUCACAAGAUUGAUGUUGGAUAAAGUUGGUUUUGAGAUGGAAUUCUGAUUUGCACUUGUGUGAUGUUUGAGGCCAUCAUUUUAUCUAAAAAUAAAUGUGAUGUAUAAUG